AUUUGGCAUGCGCAUACAGAGGAAGAAAAGCAGCAGUGUUUAACCGACGGCAUUAAAUUGUAAACAUUAGCAACCUGGGCGACUUCUCCGGGCCGUUGGGAUGGAAAUAUAAGCAGAAGUCCACCUGGCUGCAGCAGCCUGUGACAGCUGAUUCUCAAACCCACAACCUGUUUCAACAACAAGUGCAGAUGUCAACGUUUACAGUACAACAGGAGAAGAGGGCUCUGAUUAACCCAUGAACACACCCUAAAGGAAGCUGAGUAAACUCAAGGUGUGGGACCAAACAUUGUUCUUCAGUGCAUGGACGCAAAGCCAAUGCGCAGGGCCACCAGCGCACGCCAAGACGCCACUGGAAUGGACAUUACCAGCCGCUGUACUCUGGGGGACCCCAACAAGCUCCCUGAAGGGGUCCCCCAGCCCGCGCGCAUGCCCUACGUCUCAGACAAACACCCGCGGCAGACCCUUGAGGUGAUCAACCUUCUGAGAAAACACCGGGAGCUCUGCGACGUGGUGCUGGUGGUGGGCGCCAAGAAGAUUUACGCUCACCGCGUGAUCCUGUCCGCCUGCAGCCCCUACUUCAGGGCGAUGUUCACUGGAGAGCUGGCAGAGAGCAGGCAGACCGAAGUGGUAAUCCGCGACAUCGAUGAGAGAGCCAUGGAGCUGCUCAUUGACUUUGCCUACACCUCACAGGUGACUGUAGAGGAAGGAAAUGUCCAGACGCUGCUCCCUGCCGCCUGCCUUCUCCAGCUGGCUGAGAUCCAGGAGGCCUGCUGCGAGUUCCUCAAGAGACAGCUGGAUCCCUCCAACUGUCUGGGCAUCAGGGCCUUCGCAGACACGCACUCCUGCCGCGAGCUGCUCCGCAUCGCAGACAAGUUCACCCAGCACAAUUUUCAGGAGGUAAUGGAAAGUGAAGAGUUCAUGCUGCUGCCUGCCAACCAGUUGAUAGACAUCAUUUCCAGCGAUGAGCUCAACGUGCGGAGCGAGGAGCAGGUUUUCAACGCAGUGAUGGCCUGGGUGAAAUACAGCAUCCAGGAACGCAGACCGCAGCUUCCCCAGGUCCUGCAGCACGUCCGUCUGCCGCUGCUCAGCCCCAAGUUCCUGGUGGGCACCGUCGGGUCAGACCCUCUCAUUAAGAGUGACGAGGAGUGCAGAGACCUGGUUGACGAGGCUAAGAAUUACCUGCUGCUGCCACAGGAGAGGCCAUUGAUGCAGGGCCCCAGAACCCGGCCCAGGAAACCCAUCCGCUGUGGAGAAGUGCUCUUUGCAGUCGGAGGCUGGUGCAGCGGUGACGCCAUUUCCAGCGUGGAGCGCUACGACCCACAGACCAACGAGUGGCGGAUGGUGGCGUCGAUGAGUAAACGGCGAUGCGGAGUCGGUGUCAGCGUUCUGGAUGACUUGCUGUACGCAGUGGGAGGUCAUGACGGCUCGUCGUACCUCAACUCGGUGGAAAGAUAUGAUCCUAAGACCAACCAGUGGAGCAGUGAUGUGGCCCCCACUAGCACUUGUCGGACCAGUGUGGGAGUGGCUGUCCUCGGUGGUUAUCUGUAUGCUGUAGGAGGACAGGAUGGGGUUUCCUGUCUCAACAUUGUAGAACGGUAUGAUCCUAAGGAGAACAAAUGGACCCGUGUGGCCUCCAUGAGCACCAGGCGACUGGGUGUAGCUGUGGCUGUGCUGGGGGGGUUCCUGUACGCUGUAGGAGGGUCUGAUGGGACGUCACCAUUAAAUACAGUGGAGCGCUACAACCCUCAAGAGAACCGCUGGCACACGGUGUCCCCCAUGGGAACCAGGAGGAAGCACCUUGGCUGCGCGGUCUACCAGGACAUGAUUUACUCUGUCGGAGGGAGGGACGACACCACAGAGCUGAGCAGUGCAGAGCGAUACAACCCCAGGACCAACCAGUGGUCUCCUGUAGUGGCCAUGACGUCCAGACGGAGCGGGGUGGGUCUGGCUGUGGUGAACGGUCAGCUGAUGGCAGUGGGGGGCUUCGAUGGGACGACGUAUCUUAAAACUAUAGAAGUCUACGACCCCGAUGCCAACACGUGGAGGUUGUACGGAGGAAUGAACUACCGCCGGCUAGGUGGAGGGGUGGGCGUCAUUAAAAUGACUCACUGUGAAUCCCACAUAUGGUAACACCAACCCCCUCUCCCAACCCCACACACACGCUCUCACACACCCCUCAUCACGCUGCAAUGGAUGCCUCUUUUCACCGACUCUCGUGCCUCCAAAAGAGACGCUGUAAUUCACGCGAGGAUGAGAAAGACGUGGGGGGAGACGAGACGGAAAGAGGAACUUUGAACUCUAGUUCAUCCCCAACCCCCCUCUGAGGUCAUUAUUAACUUUGGAGUAACCUGGCUGUCUUCAUUGAUUGACCGCUGUCACCCUGAAGUGCACUGAGAGCAGACAUCUACCGAGUACCAUUAAACUUCCAGUUUGGAGAGGUCGGUCCUUCUCCUGCAACCUCCCCAUGCUCAUCCUCCAGGCCUCGCGCUCUGGGACAUCUGAUUUGGCUGGAACUCAUCUUGGGGGAGAUUAGCUCACAUUUCUAAAGUGUUCAUCGUGUCACUGGAAGAGGGGACUGAAAGUCUGUCACCUUCCCGUGUUCUUGAAUGCUAGCCCCUAAAUCCUGGCUACUGACCACCGCCCUCAACGAGUUAAAACAGCCAGUGGACCAGCGAACCUUCUGUUCAGUGUGUGAGAUUGAUUAUUUCCUAAAGACAUUGCAUACUGUCUGUCAGAGGUAAAUCUCUCAUUGUUUUUCUACUCUGCUUUAGGCUUCGAAGCGAACAUCUCAACUUAUGUCUAACGUCUCUAGGCUUCAUGUGUAGCAUUAAACAGUAGAGAGCUGUCAGGCAGUUCUCUCCUGAAAGUCUGCGUUUAGGCUGGACACCCAGAGAGGAAAAACAAUUAAUAUCACCAAUAAUGGUCACCAGGGAAGAUGGAUUUCAUUACAAGGACAUGUGUGAGGAAGUCCCUGCUGUCUGUUACCGGAUGCUGUCUGUUACGAAACUUAACCCCUCAGUAGGAAGAACUCGAAUCAUCCAAUCGUGUCGCUGGUUUAUUGUUGGCUCCAGUGCUGAAACCUAAAGGCCUCACUAUGCUUCAGACUAACUCAAGGCUUUGCAUUAUCAGAUGUAAUUAUGGACUGAGUCCAUUAUCUGACGGCUUGUUGGCGGCUGAUAUCUCAGCCACAGAUAUACUGUGCAUCCCCAGUUUAUCCCUGUUAUGCCAAAUGGCAGAGGUCUGCUGUCAUAACGUACACAUGGCUACAUCUCACUGCCUCUCCCAUCUCAAGACCCGCCCCUUUUUGCCGUCCAAUAACUUUCUCCGUUCCUGUACCUACAAAUGUUAUGUGCUAGACUUGUAGGAUUGAUGAAAAUGAGCUAUUAUUUAGCUCACAUUAGCUCCCAGAUUUAACUACGUAACGAUUGAUGAAAGUUACAAAACGUUGCACUUAUUUUAGACACUGUUAGAUGAUAGAACAAGUGAUUCGUUUGAAGCAUACUGAGACCAUAUCAGUGUCAUAUACUGUGUUUAAUAAUACGCAACAAGCUUUACCUCAGAAGUGGGAACUUGUAGGAGCUUUAAAGGAUAAUGCUGCCAGUGUUCUAUAUUUCUGUGAUUGUCAAUGAAUCUCAUGAAAAGAUCCAAACCAACAAUGCGUCUGUCCUUCAGUAGCUUUCCUACCCUGUCUGUGGUACUCAGACACAAAUCUCUUCAUACCUACUGUAGUCUUACAUUUUAAAAAGCAUAUAUUUUCAUUUUUUAAAAAGGGCUCCGUAAUUUCUCCACACAGCUGGGCACUGCAAUUCUUAGACAAUGACAACAGGAGGAGACUAUUUUUAGUGCGGAUUAAGGUGUGUGUGUGUGUGUGUGUGUGUGUGUGUGUGUGUGUGUGUGUGUGUGUGUGUGUGGGUGUGUGUGGGUGUGUGGGUGGGUGUGGGUGUGUGUGGGUGUGUGGGUGGGUGUGGGUGUGGUAAUGAAGGAACCUGUCACUCAGUGCAUUGUGGUUCAUUUGAAUAGUUUUUGGACAGAAAUGGAGCGCUAUGGCGCAGGAGGGAGGGAGGGAGGGAGAAGAUCAACCAGGCUGUGAUACACACACAAUACUUGUUAGUAGAUACAUAAAUUGUUGGUUUUGGUCUUUUAAUGACACUAAGAAAACGUUUUAAAGUGAAUUGUAGUCAUUUGAAAGUAAUCCUAAAUGCUGUCUGUUGUACUCUGGAGAUUUGAGAAUGAAAUCUAAUACAAACAUACUGCUUUUAAAAUCCUAGAUUACCUUCCCUUUUUCCACAAAAAGUGGGAAAUUGUGUGUUUAUAGCCUGGGUCGUAACACUAACAUUGCACUUAUUAAAGUGUUGGCACUCAAUACUGGAGCCAGCAAUCUACUGUGGACGAUUUUAGUAUAACUUCCUUCACCAAAGUCGAGUUAUAAGAGAAAUCUGAUGUCGUUUUUUCCUAAAUGCAACCGUCAGAGGGGCCGCAGCAAGGCUCAAGCUCAUAAUGCAAGAAAUAAGUUCAGUGUCGCAUUAAAAAUUCCAGCUCAGUAAAUAUUUUAUGUCAGAACCGACACAAUUUUUCAGACCUCCAUUUGAGAUACUCAUCGCCUCUGGGUGAUAGAUUUACUACAGCUUAGGCAGCACCGAGGCCCCGGUUCAGUUCAGAAAUGUUAAUAGAAACUGUUGGACUGUCAGUCAUUUAUAUUGCAUAGGACAGAACUCUAGCCAAAGGAUGUUUUUGGAGUACAUUAAACUUGAGGAUUUACGUUUUUUACUAAGUUACAUAACAUUGGAGAGCUGUUUUCUCAUUUAAAUGGAGGAGAAUGCUUUACAUUUCAAAGUCUGACCUGUGUCCUGCAACAAAGUCACUGUAGUUUUCAUGACGGCAGACUAGGACAAAUGCAGUAAAGUAGAUUUAUCCCUGUUUGUUAUCAAAAGAACGGGCCACACUGAUAUAAUUCUCAAGCGUAUAUGCAUUGGUAAAGUAACAACCCCCUCUGUAGUAAUCAGUGAUUGAUAGUUUUGGUUUUUGUUAUGGAGGUGCUUUUUAUUCAGCACAGGGUAAUGGCACCACCUGCUGGAGGACAGUUACAGUGCAGCACGGAUUCUAAUUGGUCCAUGGUCGAAUAACUGAUCUCAGCUCAGUGUGAAACAGAGGUGGAGACGGACACAGUUUGAGUAGAUGGUGAAAUUGAUUUGGAUGAAUCUUAUCAGAAUUUAUUGCACUGUGAUUAUCUUUUUUUUUUUUUCUUAAUUAUAUUUUAUAUGGGUGUUCAUCUUUCCAGAUAUGGGGAAGAAAAAUGUAAAGUCAUUAUAGAUCAACUUGGGAAUCAGACAUUUCAGGCCUCACGCUGAGAAUGACGGAUUUAUUUCACAGGUGCAACACAACGUGUUUGGACGUGCUUUACGUCACACACAGUUCAUCACAGUUCUGCACUUUAAACUGUGUGUGGAACAAACGCAGCGCUGCGACGGCAGGCUGUUAUGCAUCAGUUUAACCACGUUUUCAUGAGCAAGCAGGUCCUAACCUGAAUAUUGGUGUUAAUUUUCAAUAAUGUGGCAGUUGUAGGUUUUUGUUGGGUUUAGUUUUCUAUGCUGUAGUGGGAGAUUUCAAGCGGCAGGCUCACUGUUUGAUGAUGUAGUCGUGCGGAAUUGUUAUGUUGAAAAGUUUUUCUUUUUGGUUUUUGUUUUGCAGUCAAACAUGCUGACACUUGUUUGAAAUGUUGAAUCUGGCCAUUUCAUGCAGUUUUCUGAAAUGUUGACAUUGGCCAAAGGCUCCGCUGCUUGUGGUAAACGCCUAUUAUCAAUAUUAUCACCGGUUUGUUGAACAGUAAAUGUUGCAGAGUAGCCAACUGUGUAUGCCUGCUUCUUGAAAACUCUCCCAAGAAUAUGUUACUACUUUUCACUGCCACAGAAUUGCUAGGAAAUCCCACUCAGUUUACGAGUCCAUGCGCAGUAUCGCUGGUUCUGGACGACCCUUGUUACUGUGAGGGCCAUGUUUUGUGCCGAUGCAUUUUCCAGAUGAUCCUAUGAGUUUUUAAAUGAUUUCUUUAGUUUAUAAAGUAGAGAGGUUUCCUUCACUCACAAAGACACAGGUAAUCCUUCAAUUUAUCAGAAAAAAAUCCUGGUUUUUAUUGGGCAGCCACAGGAUUUGAACCUGUGAUAUUCGGUAUUAAGUGUUCCUCCAAAAAUCCCCUUACUGCUCUCAUUUUACCAGAACUGAUCGAUAUCUUUUUUUUUUUACCAUAUUCUGCUCUACUCUGAAAUGUCUGACCGGUAACUCGGUAACCGGUCGAUAAUUGAGUAAACAAAUAUUUAUUUGGUCCGUCCUAGACCAGGGAUACUGUAUUUGGUUUCCCGAGCUGAGUGGAGUUUCCUAUAAUCAUGUAAGCUACUAAUGAUGCAUUGUGAUAGUGAUGAACAGAAGUUCAGUCAGUAGCCUAUAUUCAGAUAUCUUGUUUUGAGUAGCCACUGUGCAGUAUGUCCAACAUGUGACCCAAACAUGGCUGGUGUUUUGUUUUCAUGUAUCAAACAGCUGUGAUCACUACAGCAGCUCUGGACUCACCAUGUUCACUAUGACAAGGAUUAAACUUUUCUCCUGGAAACAAA